GAUACGCAAUAACUAUAAUAAAAGUCAAACGCUAACCUCUUAACUGUGCGUGCGAUAAAGUUCAGUCCAGGACAUAACCCAGUCUGGUAGUCUGGUGGUGUGGAAGAACGAAAGUUCUCGUGGUUUCCAUUCUUUUUGGUUGCUGUGUCUUCUUGAAUGAGAUUUUAUGAGGAUUUGUGUUUGUGUUUAUAUUUUCACUCACCAGGUUUGGUUUGGCUCUGAGUAGAUCUAGUUCAGUAGUCUGACCUAAAUUGAGGCCCAGAUUUCUAAUCUACACCGCAGUACAAUAAUUACAAAAUAAAAACAGUUUGUAACUUGUUUAUCAUCCGUUUUUAAUCGAAAACGAAAUGUCGCAACAGGAUACAGCGGCGGAGAGUCAUCUACCAUACUUCGCAGAGGGACCUGUGGUGUCCGGUUUUGGACGAGGAAGCAAAGAACUAGGAAUCCCAACAGCGAACUUCCCGGAAGAUGUGGUCCGGGCACUACCAGAAAGCUUUGCCUGCGGCGUGUAUUUCGGCUGGGCAAAAAUCGGUUCCUCGGAUGCGAUCUACAAGAUGUCUCUGUGCGUGGGCUGGAACCCUUAUUACCAUAACACAGUCAAGACGAUGGAGACCCACGUCAUCCACGAGUUCCCCAACGACUUCUACGGCGAGCACCUGAAGGUGGUGGUGGUGGGCUACAUACGGCCCAUGUGUGACUUUGACUCGCUAGAUUCCCUCAUCACCGCCAUCCGCAACGACAACCGGCUGGCGUGCCAACAUCUCGACAGCUCCCACAAUCUCAAGUUCCGACAGCACCCGUUCUUCUCCUCGCCGCCGCAGAACCUGCAAGGGGAAGAACUCCAGGCAAGUCAAAGAAGCUUACACUGCAACGGCGUGUCGAAAAAGGAGAACGGCACGGUUUUGAGUAACGGACACGGACGGUUGGCGCCGUCAGACACAAGCUGUGUACCCCACCCAGGGUCGACGGAGCGCGCCACAGAGUCGCGUGUAGCGUGUGACACGAACGGGGCCGCCGCGUGUAAUGGAGUAGGACAAUUGUGUGCCGAUUCAGACCGGACGCGCUGCGGCUCAACGGAAGAAAGUGGUAGCGGCUGCGCGGGGUGGAAUGGCCGCACUCCCAGUGGUCAGAAGGAUGAGGGGCGGGGUGAUGUGUCGGUUCAGUUGUCGAACGCUGAGGAUUUGUCGGCCAAGUGUGAGAGGGAUGGUAGUUCAAGUAUAUGCAAGUUGUAGGAGUAGCGCGCCCCCCCCCCUCUCCCCCUGUUAUGUGUGUAGGAAUCGUUCAGAAUGAAAGAAAACUGUAGACAGAUAUGGAUGUGGCCUGAUAAUGUGGGAUUCCUUCCCCCCCCCACUCACUACACACAUAAAAAA